CACCGCCUUCCGUUCCUCAUCAAAUAUACGCAUCUCUCCCGACGAAGAAGGUGCAGCAACCAGCUGCAGGGCUCCGACAUGGGCGCUCUAGUUCCCCAGCAAGCUGCGGUUCUUUUGGCUGCGCUCUUGGUCUUGGCCGUCAGCUUAUUAGGCAAGACGGCUUGGAAGGCCGAGGCGGCAGCGCCGCCGGCGGUCGUGGUUGGCUCCGUCAAGUGCUUGGACUGCUCCCCCAGCGAUGUCGAUGCCUUCAAAGACCUGCAGGUAGCGAUCAAGUGCAAGUCCGGCGCCGACGAGGGCUACGAGACGAAGGCGCGUGGCCCCCUGGACGACACGGGCGUCUUCCGCAUCCCACUCGCCGCCGAGCUCCUGCGCGACGACGGGAGCACGGACCGCGACUGCUUCGCCCAGCUCCGCAGCUCGCCCGACGACACGCCGUGCGUCGGCCAGGCCCCGCCCAGGAUGAUCGCGCCCGCCAGCCAAGUAGACGGCAGCAGCAGCACGAACACGACCUACCUCGCGGCCGCGGCCGCGGCCGACACGGCGCUCUCCCCCGUCGCGUGCGCCUGCGGCAAGAAGAAGAAGAAGCACUUCAUGUUCGGCCCGCCGCCGCCGCCGCCGAGGCCGACGCCGACGCCCACGCCAGCCCCGACGCCGACGUACGGGCCCCCGACGCCGACGCCCACACCCGUGCCGGAGCCCAGGCCUCCGGCGCCCGAGGAGCCCGAGCCGUUCUUCAAGAAGAAGCCGAAGCUCAAGUUCAUGCGCAAGAAGAAACCGUGCCCGCCGCUCGCCGACGACGACACGACCCGGCGGCCUGCGGCAGCAGGCGGGCAGGGGCAGGAGAAGGUUCCCAUGAAACUGAACUAGGGGAUCGGAGCUGGCUCGUGCGGGGACAGCAGCAGAGCUCUAAGAUGUUGCAGUGUCAGUGACGUUCGUUUCGUUUCGGUUCGGUGAUGAUGUUGCUGUGUUGUCAGUGAUUGUUUUUGUUCGGUUCGUGUGCCCGUAUGUGUCGCGCGGCGGCAUUGGUGUUUCAGCCCGUUUGCUUGCUUGUAUGUGAUUUGAGAAAUAAAGAUAGAAGUUUUCGUUC